AUGAACCGACGUAAACCUUUACAUGGAGACUCUUUGGAUACUCCGUUAAAUCGUUGCCUUACCACAUUUGACAUUACCUUAUUAGGUGUUGGGCAUAUGGUUGGUGCUGGUAUUUAUGUUCUAACGGGAACUGUCGCUCGUCACAUGGCCGGUCCUGCGACGGCACUCAGUUUCUUAUUUGCUGGCGUUACCUCGACCCUUGCUGCUUUGUGCUACGCCGAGUUUGGAACAAGAAUACCCAGAGCAGGAAGUGCUUAUGCCUACACUUACGUCAGUGUUGGCGAAUUUUGGGCAUUUAUAAUAGGCUGGAAUAUUGUUCUAGAGUAUAUGAUAGGCGCUGCUUCAGUUGCUAGGGCUUGGUCAGGAUAUUUGGAUGAAAUGUUAAAUGGAGCGAUAAGCAACGCAACUAUUUCGGUAACUGGAGAAAUGCACGAAACUCUUCUGAGUCGGUAUCCCGAUGUUUUAGCAUUUCUCAUUUGUAUUGCAGCAUCCCUUAUUUUAGCAGUGGGCGUUAAAACGUCCGCAUACAUUAAUAACGGCCUCACUAUUUUAAACCUGCUAGUGAUAACUCUUGUUAUAUUCCUCGGAUUUUACUACGCAGAUGUUGAUAAUUGGUCGGAGAAAAAUGGUGGCUUCAUGCCAUACGGUUUCAGUGGUGUGUUAGCUGGUGCUGCUACAUGUUUCUACGCAUUCGUUGGUUUCGAUAGUAUUUCGGCUUCAAGUGAAGAGGCAAAAGAUCCGUCACGUUCUAUACCUAUUGCAACUAUGUUGUCAAUGGGAUUAGUUGCGUUUGGAUACAUUCUCGUCGCUAUCGCGUUGACUCUCAUGGUACCAUAUCAAACAAUUAAUCCUGACGCUGCUUUGCCGGCCGCGUUAGGUGCAGUUCACGCCGACUGGGCUAAAUAUGCAGUCGCAGUCGGGGCGGUUUGUGGAAUGACCACUACUUUAUUAGGUUCACUAUUUUCUUUACCCCGUUGCUUAUAUGCCAUGUCGGUUGAUGGCUUACUAUUUGGCUUUCUAAGUGAUAUGAACAAUAAGUCUCAAAUUCCUGUUUCAAAUUUAAUAAUAUCUGGUUUAUCAUCAGCGCUUAUAGCUUUGCUCUUCGAUCUGGAGAAAUUGGUUGAGUUCAUGUCAAUUGGCACAUUAUUAGCGUAUACUAUCGUCAGUACCGCCGUCAUAAUUCUUCGAUAUCGUCCUGCUCCAACGUCUGAUGAAAAGUGUUUUGGUGAUCCGCAAUUAGAUUCGCCGUGUGAUCGCGAAGACAGUUCUGCGACCGGAACACCAGGAACAGAUGGUGGCUCUUCUUCAUCUGAGAUGUUUGAAGUAUUGACAGUAGGUCGUCUGAGGGCGCAGUACGCUUGGUUGGAGCCACUGGCGGGUGGUAGGGCCCCAGGAACUGCCGUCAGUGGUUGCGUUUACGUUUUCACCAUUGCCGCCGCCGCUCUGUGUGUCCACAAUCACUUUUUGGCAGAACCUGCAGGACUCUGGGCUCUUCUACCGGACUUCGUACUUGGCUGUAUUAUAAUUGCUUGUCUUUUCGUAAUCUGGGCACACCAGCAAAGUCCGACGAGGCUGCCAUUCCGUGUGCCAUGGGUGCCCUUGCUGCCUGCUGCCAGCGUAAUUCUCAACGUCGAACUUAUGGUUAAUCUUAAAGCGCUUACAUGGGCUCGUUUCGCCAUUUGGAUGACCUUUGGUCUACUUCUUUACUUCCUCUACGGCAUUCACCACAGCAAGUUGGGUGAGGGUGUGACAGGGCUUUUGUCGCGUUCAGGUAGCGGUGGCGGACACAGUGGCGGGUGGGGCGCAGUGGACAAGACGAAUGCAAUAGCGCGCCGGGUAGGAAAACUCGCGCGCGGCUCGAAGAGCGACGACCGCAAACCGAUUAUAUGCGACGAUGAACUUGCUAGACCGUGA